AUGUCCAACUUGCCGUCACGUUCCCGCCUGGCAGAAAUCCAGUGUAGUGCCUGGGCAGCUUAUGGCCCACUUGGCUACUUGGUCAAUGGCACGCAGAAGAGGCAGAGGAUGCCAAAAGCAGGGAAGCAACCCAAAGUCGAGGAUGCACAUCCACUUCGCUAUGUUGAAAACUUCCGGAGACAAUAUCAACAUUUUUUCCCCAAGAGAAGAGCUCUUCUCCUCACUCCCCUCAACGAACAUGGAGUUCCGAAGUUCGUAUGCACUACGGUGAUACCGUCAGCGAUUCCACAUCCAGCGUUUCUCGACUGGCAGGGCUCUGCACGCCUUCUUGCUGACCUCUGUCUUUAUGAUCCUCCUUCUCUUCCACAUCAACUGCCGACCACAGUGAAGUCUCCUGUCCAGCUCCUGAAAGAUCGCAGGGGGAACAGUUUCGAAUGGAAUGCAUUCCUCGUCUCCAUUCUCUUGGGCUCCUGUUACAAUGCAUACGUGGUAUCUGGGUAUGCAACUAAAGAAGUAGCCACGCAGGACCGAUCCUCAUUCUCCUCCGACUUUGCAUUUGAAGCCCGGGACGAAGUGGGAAAGAGAGGAGAGAAAGAGGAGGUAUUGAGGUAUGCAGUGAAACCCCGUCCGGAAUUCCUCAGUGAAUACGAAGAAGAGAUGAGGAGAAGAGAAAGAGAAGAGAAGCAAGGAGGUAUCGACGAAGGAGAAUCCACAAUGGGAGAAACAAAGGAGCGCGAGCACGAAGGGUGGGUUCACAGCUGGGUCCUGGUCCUGCCCCGAGCCAAUCAGAUGGAAGGGACAUCGGAUGGGAAGCCUUUCUUCAUAGAGGCUACGCUGGGGGAAAAGCGGGAUGUCUCCCAUCCGGGAUACUUGGGGAUCGAGAGUCUCUGGAACAACAAUUCGUAUUACGUGAACCUUCAAGAACGCCUCCAGGCCGAAAAUUUUGACUUCCAAGAUCGGCAGCAGUGGCUUUGCGUCCAGUGUCCCCUUGGAACCCAGUCCGAGAAUAUGGCGUCACAAUCUCUUUACCUCUCCCUCUCAGACAUGGAAACUCCGUACCCGGGGCAAAGGAAGAUGGAAAGAUACGGGGAGUUUCUAGUUGAAAGAACGGGUCCCUACGUAGAGAAGGACGGCCUCGUCUAUCGAAGAGCAAAACAGGAUACCGAUGGAAAUGAAGAUAAGGAAUCCAAAAGUGACCAAGAGAAGAUGGUGGUGAAAAAGUAUUUGCAUCGGAGCGACCGCCUGUACGAAGAGGUUCAAGACCUUACCACGGGAUGGAUCACCCACCGAUUCCAGGACAGGCCCGAUGGACUCCUCGAACACAGUUGGGCGGAGGCGAAUUUCGAGGAUGGGCUUGGAGCCAGUCACAGAGUGAAAUACAUGGAAGGAGGACGAGAGGAUGGCUUGUGGGAACGGAGCUCUUCUACUUCCCCACAAGGGAAGCAUGUGUUCACGGAUUCUUUCUCGGGGAGACCAAACCACCUCCUUCGUCGUCAGGCUUCCUUUCAUCUUCCACUCCCUUCCAACAGUCUCUCUACUUCACAUUUCAAGGGAAUGACAGAGGAAUACGAUGAAGGAGAAGGUGAGAAAUGGAGUCGGGUCACUUAUGACCUGGAGAACUCCAAGAUCCGAGUGGAAUACCAUCGUGAAAGGGAGAAAAUAAGCCAGUCCACAACGGAAUUCCUCGUGCCCUCACCAGACGAGAGAGGAAGGUUGGAGGAAUUCUCUAUGGACAACGUUCACCACUACAGUGUCCAAGGAAACAAGGAAGGGCUGACAGGAAGACGACUCGAGUUUUGUCAGCUACUGGAGAGAUUGUGGGAUAGGCAGAAAGCUGGCAUAGAAGCCACCUGUAGGAGUCAUGCAGAGAUGAAGGAAUUUCUGGCAACGCGAGAAAAAGAGAAGAAAUCCCUGUGCCUCACCUUCUCUCCGUUUGAUCGGCUUCACAAUCAAACCCUACGUGAUUUCAGACUCAGGAAGGAGCAAGAGGAACGAGACCAGUCAGCUGGCAAGGACGUGGCUAAUGAUCCACUCAGGCCAUACCUGAUGCAACUGAAAAAGAAUUGGGAUGAUGGUGUGAAGCUGGAGAGAGAGCAGGCCUUGGAGUUGUGUGCUGGUUACCUAGCUGAUAUCAGACGCAGGAUCACUGACAGGGCAAACUUUCUGCAAUCUCAGCUAGACAAGAAAAUGGAGGAGAUGCAAAAUAUGGAACGGAACUACCAAGCACAUCUGGGACAGAUGAGUGAAUCAGAUGAACACAACAUCCAGAAGAGUAUGAAUGAAGUUGGUGUCUCUGUACGUGUCCUUGAAGCACGUUUAAGAGAACUUCAAGUCUCAGCACCUGAAAUCUUUCAGCGUGAACAGGGUCGUGUCCACUCAUAUCCAUUCCCAUCCCAUCUUCACAAUAUGAGCAUGUGA